AUGUUCUCCCUAAGUAGGAAGCUCGGGUUGUCGUUCGAAAUCCCCUUCAGCCAAAUUCAGAAAGUCACAGCCCGGUCGUCGGGCCCCGGGGGACAGAGCGUCAACAAGGCAGAAUCCAAAGUGCAGCUUCGCUUCAACGUGGACACGGCCAAGUGGAUCCCCCCCGCUGUUAAGGAGAAUUUAAAAAAGGUGCACAAGAAUAAGCUUAACAAGAACAACGAGCUCAUCAUCGAGUGUGAAGAGACGCCCUCACAGAUAUCUAACUACAAAAUUUGCGCAGAAAAAUUAAGGGGCCUCCUGGAGGAAGCCGAGAAUUACAAGGAGAAAACCAAACAUACAUCGGUCAAGGAUUUUAUACACUUGAUAAAGACAGAUGAACAGAUCAAACGGUAUAAGGAUGCCCUAAUAGACAGCAAGAAAAAACGAAGGGAGAGAAAGUUUAAAAAAAGUGAUUACGAUUGA